AUGGCGUUAGGAAAAUAUAGCAGGGUAGACAAUAGAAGACAAAAUUCGAGUUACUGCUCGGCAGUGACAAUCGUGGUGUUUGUGGGUCUCUGCUUGGUUGGGGUGUGGAUGUUGACAUCGUCUUCUGUGGUUCCUGGACAGAAUGUAGAUGUUCCUGCUCAGGAAAACAAGAACGGGGUGAAGCAACAAGUGCCUGAGAGCAAUGAAAUCAAUCCGAAGCAAUUUGAGGAUAGCCAGGGUGAUUUGCCUGAGGAUGCGACAAAAGGAGGCAACACUACACCUGAAGAGAAGCUGGAAGAGAAGCCUGUAGAGAAGCCUGAGGAGAUUCCUGAAGAGAAGCCGGAGGAGAAGCCAGAAGAGAAGCCUGAGGAGAAGCCAGAAGAGAAACCUGAGGGAAAAUCUAAUGAAGAGAUCAAGUCUGGUGAUGGGUCGAAUACUGAGACACAAAAUGGAGGCAAUAAUGCAGAAGAUGGGGACGCUAAAACCAACAAUGGAGAAACAAACACAGAAGAUGGUGGGACAAAGCCAGAUGAUGGUGACAGUAAUGCAGCUGGACAAGGAGAUUCCCAGGAAAAUUCAACAGAGAAGAAACCUGAUACUGAUGAGACUGAAACAAAACUGGAUGAGAACACUGGUGAAGGUAAGGAUGGGGAAACAGGUAAUGAUCAGAUAGAUGAGAAGGUGGAUCAGAAAGAUAAUAAGGAGUCAGAUAAAAGUCCUGAUGGGCAGGUCAGCAACCGGAGUCAAGGUGAGUUACUUCCUUCAGGGGCUCAGUCAGAGCUUUUGAAUGAGACCACCACUCAGAGUGGGUCGUGGUCAACUCAGGCGGCAGAAUCAAAGAAUGAGAAGGAAACUCAGAAGUCUUCUGACCAACAACAGGGAUACAAUUGGAAACUGUGCAAUGCCACUGCCGGCCCUGAUUUCAUCCCAUGUCUUGACAAUUGGCAAGCAAUUAGGAGUCUUAGAUCUACAAAGCACUAUGAACAUCGAGAGAGGCACUGUCCUGAAGAACCUCCAUCCUGUCUUGUUCCUCUUCCUGACGGAUAUAAACGCCCAGUUGAGUGGCCUACAAGCAGGGAAAAGAUAUGGUACCAUAAUGUUCCCCACACCAAGCUUGCAGAAGUUAAGGGGCAUCAAAACUGGGUGAAAAUUACUGGUGAAUUCCUCACUUUCCCUGGUGGUGGAACCCAGUUUAAGCAUGGUGCUCUACAUUACAUCGACUUCAUAAAUGAGUCUGUGCCUGACAUUGCAUGGGGAAAACGAACCCGUGUGAUAUUGGAUGUUGGAUGUGGAGUUGCUAGCUUUGGAGGAUAUCUUUUUGACAGAGACGUCCUAGCAAUGUCAUUUGCCCCUAAAGAUGAGCAUGAAGCUCAAGUACAAUUUGCUCUUGAAAGAGGAAUCCCAGCUAUAUCUGCAGUUAUGGGAACCAAGAGGCUUCCCUACCCAGGCAGAGUUUUCGACGCUGUUCAUUGUGCGCGCUGUAGGGUACCUUGGCAUAUUGAAGGCGGUAAACUUCUUCUGGAGCUGAAUCGUAUGUUGCGACCUGGUGGUUUCUUUGUGUGGUCUGCUACUCCUGUUUAUCAGAAACUAGCUGAAGAUGUUGAAAUUUGGCAAGCCAUGACUGAACUAACAAAAGCUAUGUGCUGGGAUCUUGUGUCUAUUAACAAAGACACCAUUAAUGGAGUGGGUGUGGCCACAUACAGGAAGCCUACUUCCAAUGAGUGCUAUGAGCAAAGAUCAAAACAAGAGCCUCCACUCUGUGAAGCAUCCGAUGAUCCUAAUGCAGCCUGGAAUGUGCCACUGCAAGCGUGUAUGCAUAAGGUUCCUGUGGAUUCACAGGAGCGUGGGUCUCAGUGGCCAGAGCAAUGGCCAGCAAGGUUGGAUAAAGCACCUUAUUGGAUGUUGAGUUCCCAAGUUGGAGUUUAUGGUAAACCAGCACCAGAAGAUUUCACUGCAGAUUAUGAGCACUGGAAGCGGGUGGUCUCCAAUUCAUAUCUAAAUGGAAUUGGAAUAAACUGGUCAUCUGUGAGAAAUGCCAUGGACAUGAGAUCUGUUUAUGGAGGUUUAGCUGCAGCUCUGAAGGAGUUGAAUGUGUGGGUCAUGAAUGUAAUCACAGUAGAUUCACCAGAUACUCUACCUAUAAUUUAUGAACGUGGGCUGUUUGGAAUUUAUCAUGACUGGUGUGAAUCAUUUAGCACUUAUCCUAGAUCUUAUGAUCUUCUCCAUGCGGACCAUCUAUUCUCCAAGGUUAAAAAGAGGUGCAGUUUGGUGGCUGUAUUUGCGGAAGUUGAUAGAGUUCUUAGGCCGGAAGGGAAGCUCAUUGUUCGGGACAAUGUGGAGACCAUUAACGAGCUAGAGAACAUGGCAAGGUCUAUGCAGUGGGAGGUUCGUAUGACCUACUCUAAGGACAAGGAAGGAUUGUUGUGUGUCCAAAAAUCCAUGUGGCGACCCAAAGAGUCAGAGACAAUCACGUAUGCUAUUGCUUAA